AUGCGGUUCAAUGAUAGAGAUGCAUCAACCCUUCCAAUCCAGGGCCCCAGCCAAAGUGUUCGACAGCCACAGGCAUCGCUUGCUAGCCAGGCUCAAAUGGCCCUAUUUGCACGGAUAACAUCAUAUCCACCGCUGGGGAAAAUGACUUGUCUCCGAUCGGCGCAGAAAUCAUCUAGGUCCGAAGAAGAUAAUCUGCGCUUCACGGUUACCAUAGAGUCCAGCAGCUUGUUCCCCGUUCAAUCGUGGGAAGCGCAGAUCUGGCACAACAUCACUGAAAGUGAAUGGGCAUCUCUGUCAUUGAAGAGAUGCGAUACAGACCAAGCAGCUCUGUUAACAGGAAAUGACAGCGACUACCCCUACCAUCGUUAUGUAUUCUCUGAAGAGGUAUCCCUGCCAGCAGCAGGAGGUCAUGCACAGUUCACUGUCCGGUUCCGAACUGGUUCAGACACGGAAUGGCAGUGGGCUAAUCAAACACACCCCGUGAGCGAUGGUGAAAUUGUAUACAUGGCACAUCACUCUGAUCUUGACAAGGCUGUGCCCACGGAUAUUGGUGCAAGAGAUCCCAAGCAAAAUCUGGAAAAUUACAUCGAUAAUCUUCAUGAUGCCUUACAGAUUGAGUCACGGCUUAGUGAAGCUCCUGGGUCGGUUCUAUGGGCUCUUUCUGGUAAUAUAGAUGCUGUUCACAAUGGAUCUUCGACCAUCAAACGACUGGCACUUGGUACCCCUUCUUCAGUGGUAAGGUAUUUCUCACUAGUACGUGUCUCGAGUCCAUGGCUAGGUCCUCGACAUGGCAAAGAUCACUUCCGACUCACGGAAGAUGCAUUAAUCUGCUCUUUUCUGCGCGAAGAUGGCGUGAAUCUGGUUCUUCUGGCUGUUUCGGGAGUCAACGACAUUUUGACUGUGUUCCAGUCAAGUGAGAACGGAGAAGUCGUGAUCUUCGCGAAGAGUGACAAUUCUGAAGCAUCAAAGUUCCACGUGCUUGUGAGCGCCGCGGAGAACUUUGAAGUUGCCAUGUCGGCUGUGGUUUAUGAGGCACGGAAGGUGGUCAGGCCGUUUAGAGAUACGAGUCAUCUUGAUUUGGACGAUUCGGUUCCAUUGUCUCCCCUUGAUGAUGAUAUUGUUCUUGUCGAUAAAGAACCAAGUGGACAGUGGCUUUCCGAAUGGUUUGAUGGCCUCACGUAUUGUACUUGGAAUGGACUGGGACAGGACCUCACCGAAGAGAAGAUCUUGCAUGCCUUGGACUCAUUUAAGGCCAAUGGGAUCAACGUCGUCAAUCUUAUUGUCGACGAUGGCUGGCAGACAAACGACAAUGAGGGGGAGUCUCAGUUUAAGCAAGGCUGGAAGCAUUUCGAGGCACACUCGAAAGGGUUCCCGAAAGGAUUAAAGCACACCGUGCGAGUCAUUCGUCAAGCACAUCCCAACAUAGAACAUAUUGCGGUCUGGCAUGCCUUGCUGGGUUACUGGGGAGGUAUCUCACCAGAUGGAGAUCUGGCCCAAAAAUUCAAAACUAAGCAAGUGAGGAUCAAAAAUCCCGCCACCAAUGGCCCCAUUGUGGAGAACCGCCCAGGUGGAACAAUCCUUGCCAUUGAUCCCGAGGAUGUUAACCGAUUCUACGACGAAUUCUACAACUACCUUUCAUCGGCUGGCAUAGACUCGGUCAAGACGGAUGCACAAUUCUUCCUCGAUCUUCUUGAGGACCCAGCGGACCGCCGGAGAUUCGUGAUUUCUUAUCAAGAUGCAUGGUCAAUCGCAUCCCUCAAGCACUUCAGCACUCGAUCAAUCUCAUGCGGGUCAAUGACCCCUCAAAUAAUCUUCCAUUCACAAAUUCCCACCAACAAGCCGGCGCUCCUAUUGCGAAACUCUGGCGAUUUCUUUCCGGAUGUUGUUGCCUCUCACCCAUGGCAUGUAUUCUGCAAUGCGCAUAAUGCACUGUUCACCCGCUACUUGAAUGUGUUGCCAGACUGGGAUAUGUUCCAGACAUGUCAUCCAUACGCAUCAUUUCACGCCGCAGCACGAUGUAUAUCUGGAGGACCAAUAUAUAUCACCGAUGAGCCGGGCAAACAUGACCUGACCCUGCUUGAUCAGAUGACUGCUCCUACUGUCAAAGGAACCACGGUUAUUUUGCGUCCUAGUGUGAUCGGACGCACGAUAGACACCUACCACGACUACAAAGAAGGACAAAUUCUGCGCAUUGGAAGUUACACCGGCUGGGCCAAGACCGGAAGUGGGAUCUUGGGCCUAUUCAAUAUGCAAUCUGCCGAGGCCUCGAGCAUAGUGUCAUUGAAAGAUUUCCCAGGAAUUCACGAGGGCUCUGAAGGCCAGUACAUUGUCCGUGCACACAAUAGCGGUAAGAUCUCGCACCGCAUGCGGCCUACUUGGGACUCCUUGGUAUCGGUUGUUCUGGAGCCAAAAGGCUGGGAGAUUCUCACUGCGUACCCGACUCGGUCGUUCACGCCGACGGGAAGCCAUGGCAACAAUGUUAGUCAGACACAUGUGGCUGUGCUGGGUCUUAUAGGAAAGAUGACUGGCGCAGCGGCUGUAGUGACUUCGGACAUCUUUGUUGUUGAGAACGGCCGUUUACGACUUGAUAUAAGUUUAAAAGCGCUGGGCACUUUAGGGAUUUACAUCUCGGAUCUUCAAGACAGGAGCAUUGGACGGAGUUUCAUGAUCACAAUUCUGGGGCUGCCGAUUCCACAGAAAACAGUGUGGAAGCAGGGUGGAGAGAAUGCCAAUGUGUUGGCAGUUGAUGUAUUGGCGGCAUGGAAAUCCAUGAAGUUGGACAGUGGAUGGAGUAACGAGGCCUUUGUGCAGGUUUUUGUGGGUUAA